GUUCACUGGUUUGAUUCCACCUUUGCCUGUGAAGAGGGCCGGAUAAAUACACUUGACAGCGGAGGUUCGCUCAGCGCUUGGUCUCUUGCUCAACACUCGUACUCUUGCUUAGCAGUCCCGGUCUUAUUGAACGUACUCUGGCAGGACAUAGCGAUGGUACGUGGACGUACUCGAGGUCUCAUUCUCGGCUUCUCAGCGCUCCUGGUGAUCUCCUGGACCGGGUUCAUGAUACGGACAAACCGGCAUCGAGCCGCUGUUAGCUAUAUACAGGAGGCACUAGAGCUGAAGGUGCUACAGAUCCUGUACCCUAACCAUCACUACACGAAGGAGAACUACACCGAGUUCCGCAUCAUACCGGAGAAGAACCUAUCUGACUUUAGACAGUAUGGCGAGCUAGCGGGCAUGGGGGACGAUUAUCCCCUUGAGAAUGCCACAUUCUUCACCCUGGUUCGAAACCAAGAGCUAUACUCCCUGCUACAGUCCAUCGAGUACGUUGAGAGCAGGUUCAACUGGAGAUACCAUUAUCCAUGGGUCUUUGCCAACGACGAGGAGUUCGAUGAGAACUUCAAGUUGGAGGUUUCCCACUUGGUUAGCGGUGAAGCAACCUUUGUGACGAUUCCAAAGGAGAUGUGGUCUUAUCCUCCACACAUUGAUCAAAAGAAGGCACUAGAGACUCGUGAAAGGAUGGAAAAGCAUGGUAUCAUAUACGGUGGUUCGGAGAGCUAUAGGUUUAUGUGCCGCUUCAAUUCUGGAUUUUUUUACAAGCUAGAUGCACUGGCCAAGUACAAGUACUACUGGCGAGUUGAGCCGGAUAUCAAGUUCAAUUGUGAUUUGGAUUUUGAUUACUUCAAACAUAUGAGAGAGAACAAGCUAAAGUACGGGUUCACAAUGACUCUACACGAACUGCCAGCCACUGUGGAUGGGCUAUUCAGUGAAACGAAAAAAUUCUUUAGAGAUUUACACCCUGAAUAUAUCAACGAGAACAAUCAAAUUGAAUUCAUCAGUCAGGAUAACGAGGAGUCCUUUAACAUGUGCCAUUACUGGUCAAAUUUUGAACUUGGAGACCUCGAUUGGUUAAGAUCCAAGGAAUACAACGACUAUUUCAACCAUUUGGAAGAAUCCGGAGGGUUCUUUUACGAAAGAUGGGGAGACGCUCCAGUGCACACACUAGCUGUCUCCUACAUGCUGGAUCAGAAGGAGGUGUUUUAUUUCGACAACACCGGCUAUUACCAUGUUCCGAAUUCCCAGUGUCCACGUGACGGCGAAAAGAGAAUUGAGCUCCGGUGCACCUGUGAGCUUUCAAAGGACUUCAACUGGGGCAGUUUCGAGAGCUGCCUGCCGUAUUGGUACGAGACAAGAGAUGAACCGAGACCUUGGUGGGCCCCACAGACACGUGUUUAUAACACUCACAGACCUAUCCAUCGGAAACGUUCUCAUGAUAAAAGAGAUGAGAUUGUCGAUGACCAAGUAGAGUUGCUUGAUCACCAAAUAGAGUUGUCUGACAUUGAUGAUCACGAAGAUUUACACGAGGAGGAGGAAGUGGUCGCCGUUAGAACCGCAUUUUUACUGUGAUCAAGACCAAUUUCCAUAUGGACAUGUAGCG